CUGUACUUGUCAGAGACUCGGGGAGGACGGGAAGGAGACUGAUACCUAAAGAGAGGAAAGAUGAUCGUGAGCAAGGGGUUUGGGAGAUAGGUAAGGAGACAGGGGAAAAUGAGAUUUUAUUGCUCCGGUCCCAAUAACACUUCCCAAAAUAAAAUAUAAUUGGUCGUAAUUAUCGAAUAAGAAUCGGAAAUUGUCAAUUGAACGUCUGAUUUGCUUACAUCGAUCCGCCCUAUACCCUGUUUGACAUGUUUGCACCAAAGCCAACUUGCAGGCUAUAUAUCGAGCCAGUGGUAUAUACUAUACAAUAAAUACAUCUCUCCCGGUGGUAUACCUGCAUAGAGCCGAGACCUCCGGCUGUAUUUUCCCACGAUCAGCCGGAUUGCAAAGCCGUGUAUUUUUCGUCCGUUGCAGGCGGCCGGCGCAAUCUCCGUGAAAGAAGCGCUCCAGUGACAAAAGCACGAGCAGAUCGCCUAAAUGCCGGUGGCCGCGAGAAUUUCUCUAGUUUCUGAAGAAUUUUUCGGGACCCAUGCUCUACUCAUACUGCAUCCGAAUAUACGCAUAUGGGACAGGCAUUGUUGUACUAUAAGUAGCUUAUCUGUUUUUUUUUUCAAAUGCAACUUGACAUUUAUAUCCAGACUUGUGAUGGGGAACAUUUGCCUGAGAGGACUGUUUGAUUCAGGAUCUCCAAGGCCUGAGCAAGAGGAGCCUAAAAAGUUCUCAUGGGAGACCCGUGAAAAGGUGGACAUGGCUCAGUACACGAUCGAGCAGGUGCACUCUGCCGAGGCGGGCCGCGCGCCCGGCCAGAUCGGCGGCCAGCAGUUCAUUGUGCGCGACUGUCAGAACGCGCACAUCUACCUGCUGGACGCGGUGAACACAAUCACUGUGGAUGACUGCACCGACUGCGUGCUCAUCAUAGGGGCCGUCAAGGGCAGCCUGUUUCUCCGGAACUGCAAACAGUGCAAGGUGGUGGCGGCGUGUGGUCAGUUCCGCACACGGGACUGCCAGAUGGUGGAUACCUACUUGCACUGCUCCACUCAGCCCAUCAUUGAGGCGUCGACCAAUAUGCGCUUUGCCUGCUACCGACUGCACUACCCGCAGCUCAAAGACCAUUUCGACGCGAUGGGCCUGCAGAUCUUCAGCAGCUGCUGGAGCAACAUCCACGACUUCACGCCCGUGGAUGGGGAAAGCAACUGGGAGGUGAUGGAGGAGAAGGAGGCGGAGACCGCGGACAUCCGACUGCCGGCCGACGAGCCGCUGCGCAGUGUGGGUUUGUCGCUGGACCGCGAGGCCAGCCUGGUGCCUCUCACAGAGGGACGGGUCAGAACCAGCGGACCGAUGGCGCUGGUUCUCUUCUUCCCGGACGGCCAGCAGGACGAGCGGGCCGCCGCCUUCCACCGGACGCUCAUCAAACAACAGCCACACCUGAAAGCCACCUACAGCCGCGAGGUGAAGCUGACCCCGCUCCAGCUGGAGGCCAUCGUCAAGACAAACGCUUACUCUGCGCUGGUCGAGAAGGACAACGUCAUCGGCAUCCAGUACUGUGGCGAGGACGUCAUCAAACAUUGCCAAAAGGUGGCGCUGGAGACGGCGACGGCCACCGGCCUGACAGGCCUGGUCUACAUCAGCAGCAGCCAGCAGGCGGCGCUGGCCCAGGUCGAGACCCUGUUCAGCGCCGGCCACGUACAGAUGGCCGGCUGACGACCGCCGCCGCCCCCGCCCACCCGGCCGGCCUGAGCCGCCGCCCCCGCCCAGACCCGCCGCGCAUGGACUAACCACUCACAAAGCUUUAACGGCGAGCGUCGGUCCGAGCGGCCUGCGAUCGUACCUGGCCGUGUGCGGGCGCCGCGCCGAGGCCGCGCGGUGUGUCUCACAAGAAGUGGUGCAAUCUAUCUAGUCAGACGGGAGGGAAGUGAAUGACAAACCGUGCCGUCUGUGUAGUCUGCUGUUAGCACAAUCGCCGUCGAUGGCCGUCUGUUGGCACAAGUUGCGCUGUGGUAUUGGAGAGUGGAGCAGCGCGCCUGUCUCGUGGCGCGUGCCGUGCUGUGUCUGUCUAGUCAGCUUUUGGCGCCGCGGCCCCGCGCGCGCUCGUUAUGAUCUCUCCCGGCGUCUUCGCCGGCCCUACUGUCGUCUCAUUCCUCCGCUCAGUACUGUGUGUGCGCGCGCGCCCGUGUGGUGUACGUCUGCGAGCGCGGCCGGCCGUCGUGCCUGCUUUGUGAACGGUUUAUGCACUUUCUUAAAAAUAUACAGAGGAGCAGUG